UCUGCUUCUGAUUCCUCUUUCCUUUCUUACCUCCCUUUCGCCAAACGCUAUAUGUGCGUCUAAUCUAAUGGAAUGCGCUGGGCGCUGGCCUAGUGGCCCUGUUCUGUUCUAUUGCUGCUUCAUUCUCCACUCCGUGAAAUAAAUAAAGCAGUUGAACUCUCUUGACAAGGCAUUUAAGUCUCUCUUAAAUGCUGCAACCAUUCUCGCACGGCCAUUUACUCAACUCAGGCCCAGGCUUCCCCCUUCUUUACUUUUUUCCUUUCUUUUUCUCUUCAUACCAUUUUGAGGAAGAAGCUCGAAAGAAAAAAAAAAAAGGGGGAAAUUACAUAUACGCUGAGAGAUUGGGGAGAGAGAGAGAGAUUGCUUUGGCUUUGAGUAGAGAAGGAAAACACAGGAAAACAGAUAGAUAACAAUCAUGGCUUCUUCUUCUUCUUCAAUUUCUUCUCUGUCAUCAAAAGCUUCAGUUUCACCUCCUCCACCACCUCAUCAUUCCCCUCUAUUCACUCCUCUGCAGAUUCGAGAGAACGAAGAUGAAGAAGAAGAAGAGGAGCAGCACCACCACUACUACAACAGACGAACCCCAACCUCCCAUACUACUGAACAGAAUGUGACCUCAAAGCACCAGCCAACACCCCUCCAUCAUCAUUCCAUGAACAACAACGCUAAGCCGUCGUCCCGGAAACGACCGGAGGCCAACGACGAAGACGACCGUUCGGUGUCCUGCAACAAAUGCCGGCCCACCUCCCGUGAGAAAAUCUCGGUUGUUCCUAUCGACAUCAACGGCUCCAACAAGCAUCCGAACGCAAGCCCCAAUGGACUCUUCAGAUCUAUCUUCUUGUCUUUAACGAGAAAGAGCCCCAGGUCAUCAGAGUCGUCAUCUUCAACCGCCAAGGAAGAGCAAUGGAAGCUCGUCGUCGCGGACCUGUCGCAGAAGCUCAUUCAAGCCACUCGGAAGAGAGACGAAGCUCUCCAAGAAGCUUCUCGACUUAAGUACUCCAUGUCCGAGUUAGAGAAGAAGCUCAACAAGCUUGAGAUCUACUGCCACAACCUGAAGUCUGGUCUCGAGGUAUGUAGCAAUUCACCACAUCUGGUGCCGAAAAAUAUCAACCCUGCGAUGGUGAUGAGUGCCGUCAAAGGACUCGAACAUCAAGACUCGGUCAUUGAAUCAUUUCUCAGCUCGGUGUCCGAAGCCCGGUCUUCGGUCCGGACUCUGAGCCGGUCUCUCACCCUCCAGCUCCGGCAGAUGGGUUGCAGAGUCUAUGAGCGCAUCUCUGCUCUUCUCCAACCUUAUGACGUAAAGGUUUCAUUUUCCAAGAACCCAAGAAGCAUCAUGUUCUAUCUGGAAGCACUCCUAAACCGAGCAUUCUACGAAGACUUCGAAUCCAUCGGAUUUCAGAAAAGUGGGUCCGAGCGAAUCCUCAAUCCAAUACAAAAAUGCGAAGCGAACUACGCUUCCUUCACUCUUCUCAGGGGACUCACCUGGGACGAGGUGUUGAACAAAGGAACCAGACACUUCAGCGAGGAGUUCAGCCGGUUUUGCGAUCGAAAAAUGAGUGAGAUCGUGGCGAUGUUGGGGUGGAAUCGGGCGUGGCCGGAGCCACUGCUGCAAGCAUUCUUCGGUGCGGCGAAGAACGUCUGGCUUAUUCAUCUGUUGGCUUGUUCGGUGCACCCAGCCUUACCCGUAUUCAGGGUGGAUAAGGGGAUGAGGUUCGAUGGGGUGUACAUGGAGGACAUGGGUGCAGACAAAGCUCGGAAGCUGGUUCCGGCAGUGGUCCGGAUCAUGGUGGCACCAGGAUUCUACGUCUACAGUAAUGUGGUCAAGUGUAAGGUUCUGUGCAGGUACGAUAAUACCGGUCAGGGUUUAUCACCCUAAAACAAACAGCUCCAUCAGAUCAAUUCUGUAAAAAAGAGGUCGUUAACAUAUAAACGCAUCAAAUAAAAAAUAUGAUUUACAUUACAGGGUCUGUUUGUUUGUGGAUAGAGGUAGAAAGACCGUUUUGGGAGGAGGUGAAAGUAAAAGUUCGGGGUUGGCGUUUUCUUCUUCCUUGAUUUGUUUUACUUCUUGUAUCUAUUCUUUUGAUCUCUAGCGCAUAGAUUCCAAUUCGGAAGCGUUGAAAGUCAUGAUUCAUGGACCGUAA